AUGGAAUGUGAAGAUGUCGUUGCGGGCUCUGUAUUCCGACGGGCUUGCCAGCUUGGCGACCUACCGGCGGUACAGGAUAUUGUUCGUUACGGGUGUGACGUGGAGAGCGCCUCCCGUGAAAGCUGCACAGGGUUGUGGAUGGCGGCAGAGGCUGGUCGCACCAAGGUGGUGGCCUUUUUGUGCUCAAGAGGAGCCAACGCAAACGCUGCGACUUCUCUCGGCGGUGCCACCGCGCUGUUUGUGGCGUCGCAGAAUGGCCACACCGCCGUGGUGCGGUUGCUGCUGCAAUUUGGCGCGGAUCCCAACCUCGGCAAAGACACAGGCGCCACACCCAUCUUUAUCGCGGCGCAGCAGGGACACCUUGAGCUUGUACAGGCGCUGCUCGAAGGCGGGGGAAACCCCGCAACUCCAAAUCACCAUGGUGUGUCACCCAUCAUGGUGGCGGCCUAUCAGGGGCACGCUGACUGCGUUCAGCUACUGCGAGAGAAAGGGUGUGAUCCAAACGAAGUGGCGAUGGGACGAAAUACGAUGGAAUGGGCCGAAGCGAACGGAUAUGUAAAUGAAAUUGCCCAGGCAGUGCUGCAGGGUUCAGUUACCUGCCCCGUUUUAGAAGCGCGGGCGGACAUCAUCCCAUGUUGUACUACCGGCGGCGACGGCGACGGCGGCGGUAAUGACCAUGAUGGGUGGAAGCUGCAAGACGAUGGAUCACGUUCUCCGUUAGGAUUUAUGCAGUCAGAACUGAGAGAGAGAAAAAAAUGGCAGCAAGAGGACUCUGCCUUUUUUCUUUCCAAAACCAACACAGGAAGCUUUUUUGAGCCAAAGUUCCUGUUGCGUGCACGUCACACCGCGGGCUCGUUAGGUGCCGUGCCACAGAAACCCGACAGAGAGGCAGGGCGAAGUGAGCGGGAGGGGAGUAAGGCGUCAGAAGUGUCUUUCCGUGAUGGAUUUGCAUCCCGAACGUCACUACAUCGACUAAAGUUUUUAGUGGAGCGUGAGGAAAGAGAAAAUGAGUCUUUCAGGGCGAUGCAGCGAACGAUGUUUCAGACACGUCACGCCUGGCGGGUUGUUGCAGAACCCCAGCCCAUAGACGUGCGCGAGGUUGAGGCAAGGUGGGAUGUAUGGAAGCGAACUCUUUAUGAGCAACUACGGUAA